GUGGCACUGAAGUGUAGAUUCGUGGAUUCUCCUUUUUAUUAGUAGUGACUUUAUUGUGUUGUUUGAUAAUCUACAUAAAUUUAUCAUGUAAAAAUAAUUUUUAAUUUCUUGCACAAUGGAUGAAAUAACCUCGGGACUAGAUCCUGACGAUCUCAUGAUGGAUCUAGACGAACCCGAGGGAUCGGAUUUGGAGGAGGAAGACGAGGAACUCAUUGAUGACCCCAUCCCAUCCCCGUUUCUCUUAUCUUCUGGCCAAGGGUCUACAACCACCUCGGUUGCCUCUUCGCCUAUCAAUGAAGAAUUUCCUCCACCUUUUAAUUUUACAGGAAAACCUCUUGGUAGUAUCAAGAGAGGUCGUGGAAGACCUAGAAGAGAGGGAGGAAAGCCAUUUCCCAGGGCUCCUAGAGUUGGGGCAACUGGAAUGAAUAGAGUGAGAAAACCCAGGCCUCCAGGUCUGAAUAGAAGGGGAGGAGGUAGAAGUUUCAGGCAACUUGAUAGAACCGAGUUUGAUAUGGGGCUAUUCAACCUGUCUUCCUUAGAUGACCACAGUUUGUUGGAUUCUGAAGGAGCAAUCGUCUUUCCAGAGAGAGACAGACCAAGCCUGGAAGAACCGCCAUAUUUUCCCGAGCACUGGGCUGGCAAAGUAUGUGCUUUUUGUAACUUGGGAGAAAGAAGCCAACUCGGGCAAGGGGAAAUGUUAAGACUAAAUUGCCCAGAAGGAUUUUCACCACAGAAAGUUGCUUCUGAACAAAACCUAGCCAGGUCAUUGCAGACAGCUGAGAGAGAACAAGGAGACAAAAGCCCCAGGGGUCCUGUUACUUGUCGUAGACAGAAAAGUUUCAAUAAGUGCAGACAUCCCUCCCUUACUAAUGAAUAUAUAGAUGAGUUAACCAUUAUAGGUUACAAUGAAGUACCUGAAGUUACUGCUCUUUUUGAACAAAACGGGCAGUUUUACGUGCAUAGAAGUUGCGCCCUCUGGUCCAAUGGAGUAACUAGAGCAGAAAAUUCUGCUCUCUUAAAUGUCGGCCCUGUAGUACUACAAAGUUCCUCAAAAAAAUGUUCAUUCUGCAAUCAUUACGGCGCUAGUCUUACUUGUAAUACAGAUGAUUGUGCAAAAGUUUUUCAUUAUCCUUGCGCAACUGCUUCGGGUGCCUUUCAAGAUUUCGCGUCACUUACAACUUUUUGUAGCAACCACUUGGACCAAGUUGCUAUGCUUUGCGAUUCUGCAGUUUGCUAUACGUGUAGAUCCAUCGGCGAUAUAGCGAACUUAAUGUUUUGUUCUACUUGUGGGGCUCAUUAUCACGGAACAUGUGUUGGUCUAGCUCAAUUGCCAGGUGUUCGAGCUGGUUGGCAGUGUCGAAAAUGUCGUUGUUGUCAAGUAUGUCGGAUUACCGGAGACGAAUCAAAAUUAAUGUCAUGUGAACAGUGUGACAAAGUUUAUCAUGCAGGUUGUCAGAGGCCUAUUGUAACGUCAAUUCCAAAAUAUGGUUGGAAGUGUAGGUGUUGUAGAGUUUGUGGCGAUUGUGGCUCUCGAACCCCCGGAGCUGGGUUAUCUUCAAGAUGGCAUGCCCACUAUACUGUAUGCGAUUCAUGUUAUCAGCAGAGAAACAAGGGUUACUCGUGCCCUUUAUGUCACAAAGCCUAUCGAGCCCACGCCCACAGAGAAAUGGUUCAGUGCACCAAUUGUAAAAAGUUUGUCCACGGUACUUGCGAUCCAGAAGCAGAUUUGGUAACAUAUCACCAAAAAAGAGAAAUGAAUCCGGAGUAUGAGUAUAUAUGCCUUCAUUGCAAGAAUAAUAGCGGACGUCAAUUAACCACAAAAAGAGCUAGUACCGAUGAUCCUGGAGACCUUUCAGUCUCCCAAGAAUCACUGUAUGAUGACACAUCAGAAUUUGAUCUCCCUUCGCCUGAUGAAUUUGCUCGAAACAUGGGCUUGGGCAAAGGAAAACCCUAUACAACAAACAAAAUAGCGAAAAAAAGGCUCAGUUUCCCACCAAGUACUUCAGGCCGACCUAAAGGCCAAGGCAAGGUGCUUCCCGGUAAAGUGGGAUUCAUGAAAAGAGCGAGAUUAACAGAUUUUGGUCGGAAAAGGGGUCAUAAAGCGAAAAUGAGGGGGAUUUUCGGGGUACCAGGAGUUGGUUUGCAGAGACCUGUGUCCGACGGUAAGAAUGAUGAAGAACCUGGAGUGGAAAAUCGACUAGUUUUAUGUUCUGCGAAAGAUAAAUUUAUACUCACCCAAGAUACCUGCGUUAUGUGUGGCGCUCUUGGAACUGAUCAGGAAGGUUGUUUAAUAGGUUGUGUGCAGUGUGGGCAGUGCUACCACCCAUAUUGCGUCAAUGUAAAAGUAACGAAAGUCAUCUUACAAAAAGGAUGGAGAUGUUUGGAUUGUACUGUUUGUGAAGGAUGUGGCCAACGCAAUGACGAGGGCCGUCUCAUCCUCUGCGACGACUGUGAUGUCUCCUAUCAUAUCUACUGCAUGGAUCCUCCUCUCGACUAUGUCCCUCACGGAAACUGGAAGUGUAAAUGGUGCGCUAUUUGUCAAACUUGCGGGGCCACGGAUCCCGGUUUCAAUUGCACUUGGAUGAACAGUUGUACUGAAUGUGGCCCUUGUGCAUCUCACAUCACUUGCCCUAGCUGCAGCGAACCUUACAGCGAAGGAGAUCUCAUAAUACAGUGCGUUCAGUGUGAAAGAUGGUUACAUGGCCUUUGUGAUUUCAUUAAAACUGACGAGGAUGCAGAAAAGUGCGCAGAAGAUGGCUACAACUGUAUUCUAUGCAGACCCAGAGAUGUACCACCUCCUCAUCUAAUACCAACUCCUACUGCUCCUAAACCGCCUACCCCGACAAAGAGCCCGGAAAUAAGCAAAAAUACUAAUUAUUUCAUCGAUGGGGUAUGCUUAAGUGAGUUUGGAAAUAGUCUCAUAAAAUCCUUAGCAAUAGAGAACCACGGAACAAGAAAGAAGAGGAAGAAAAUUCCUACCGUUCAAGAUAAAGAAGCUGGAAUAAUGGCAACGAUCGAAUCUGUAGUUGCUGGUGGAAGUAUAGAUAACGCCCUGGAAGACAGUGCUAAACUGGAAUUGUUGGACGUGAAGGACGAACCUCAAGAAAUCUACAAAGAAGGAAUGUUUUGGACGAAAGAAGACGGGCCACCACCAGAGGGCUUCACAGUAAUCACAAUGGAUAAUGGCAUAUCAGUCCUUAGACGUAAAAGACAACGUAACUUACAAAAGUUAGGCAUUGGAGGAUUUUUAGUUAGGAUGCGCGGUAACCGUAGUGGACAAGAUAACGAGGACAUGGACACUACUUGUGUUCAGUCUGCCCCAGCAGUAGGUGACCUUGCGGCUCCUUUACCAACUGAUGGCGACAAACCGAGGCGGAAAACCAUCAGGAGGAAACCUAAGAGUAAACUAACUGAGACCUUUCCUUCUUACCUCCAAGAGGCGUUUUUUGGUAAGGAUCUAUUGGAAACGGUGGAGUGUAAGAAGGAGGUAGAGAGCGGAAGCAGCGAUGAUGAGAACGUUGAUAAAUACAAGUCCAUCAAGUUGUCGCAGGAUGAGUUGAUGGCUGUUGCUGCUGUAACCGCAAAGCAAGAUAAAAUCGAAUCAGACAGCAAAGAUGGUGUGAAGGAUCAAAAAUUGUCCAGCAUCAUCCCCAAAGUGGAAGAGGAAGACGAAAACACCGAGGAUCUGAAAGAUGUCCUUGCCUUACCAGGCGAUUUGCUUGAUACUGAUUUGGUUAACAGUAUCAUAAAUGAGGAUGACGAUGAUAUUACUAAAAAUACUGAGUCGCUAGGAGCUCUAGAUUCUAGCUUGCCAGACGAUACCGAACUGGCCGAUACAUUAGGCAGUUCAGGAAACUCAAAGGAUACCAAAGAUGAACUAACUGAUAUUUUAGGACCCCACUUCAAUCUAGAUUCUAUAUCGAACAUCAACAGUAAAGAUGUUGAAGACAUAUUUAAGGGAGUUUUAACUGAUGAAUCACAAGAAUCCCAGGAAAGCAAUGCUUUUCCUCUACAGGGUAAUAAUAUAUUUAGUGGAAAUGCUCAACAAGCCUUGCCGCAGCAUGGUAUUGUUCCUCCUAUCAGACCAACAACAUUACCUGCUGUGAAUCAGUCCAAUCUGAAUUCUCCGGUCAGCUUUCCCCCACCAUCUCCAUAUCACUCGGAAUAUAGCAAUAGCCCGCAAUUCAGUCCUGCUUUCUCCGAACCACCAAGUCCUUGGGUAAGUGCGAGUGAUCCACCCGAAAUUGACAGCACCAAUGUCGGUGUUCCUUCAACCUACAAUCAGCGUUCUUCUGAAAAAAUGAAAGCCGACGAAGGGUUGGGAAAAGGAGCUACCAUUUCUGCAGUCCUGUAUGCUAAUGUAAAUCAUCCUGAGUGGAAAAAAGAGUUCCCUAGUUGGUCAGAUAGGUACAAACAGAUAAUCAAAAAAUGGAGGACUUUGAGUCAGGAUCAGAAGGCUCCAUUUUUGCAGCUCGCGAGGGAUAAUAGGAGCCAAUUGAGGAUGAAGAAGUCCCAACAAAACCAGCCCGCCAAGGACAACACCGCACCACCUCCGAGCGUCAUCAAGCCAUCCCCAGUUGUAGCAGCUUUGACGACCACCUUGCAGACAGCGAUUCAGCAAGCUGCCGCCGCCGCCGCGACCAUUGCCUCCCCGGCUUCAGUGUCAGAGGUGUGCACUCAAACGAGGCCAACACUAACACCAGCUUCCACUAGCUCUGUGUCUGUGUCCCCUUCGCCCCCCAAGCACCCCUCCUCGCCCACCACCCAUCAGCAGUUCACCGUGCACGGUCAUUUCGCCGGGCCGGGGGACCGCGUGGGGCCCGCGCCCAACGUGACCGUCAAUCCCCACUAUCAGCCCAGCGGCGAGGCUGUUCCCCAUCCCAGAUUAGUUUCCCAGAGUAAUGCCUCUGAUCAGCAAAUUCGAGUAUUGACUCCCUCAGAAAUAAUGCGUACUCUUCCUUCCCUCUGUCAGGAAAAUUAUGAACCUCAGCCAUUGGAUCAGGACAAGAUGGCCCUACAGCAAAAAUCUGCUCGAGAGGCGGAACAAGAGAGGCAGUGGAAACAGUUGCAGGCUUUGAGACAACAACAAGCUCAACAACAGCAACACGUUAUCCAUGAACAACGUGUUCAAGGUACUGCCAUUGCAAGAGUACAACGUCAAAUUUCUUCAGAUCCAACACAACAAUUCCUCUCGGACCAGCAAAGCCAGUUGCAGGCGACGUCGCCUCAAGAACUCGUUCCAGCAGCUUCGCCCUCUCCAAGCAUCAGACAAUUUCUCGGUAUUAAAUCUCCAACUUUUCCUCCACCCUCACCUCUACCACAAUCUAACAUACGACCUCCUACACCAUCCCAAUCACCACACGAUUUCACUCAAAAUUCUCCCGUAGACGGGAACGAUCCUUAUGCUCAACCUCCCGCCACUCCUAAACCCACUUUUCAACCUAGGUUGGCAGCUGACGUAUUUGCUCAUCAACAAGCCACGCCGAGGCCGCAGUUUGGAGUACCGAGGCCAAGUCUCCAGGCUUUCCCUAAUCAAGUACGCCCUGGUCAGCAAGAUCUGAGACAGCUGAGGGACCUCUUACAGCGGGAACAGUUCAAAAAGUUGGAUGAACUCAUACCUGGUAAAGCGCAGCAAAGAGUCUGGCCCCCCAAUGAACAACCAGAAGGAGAAGUCCCUACGACUGUGGUUUCUUCUUCUGACACCACUUUCAGACAACCUUUACCUCCCAGCGUAGUAAGACCAAGAAUGGCAGUUUCGUUAGGGAAUCGUGUGAUUCCCAAUCCCAACACUAUUAGAUUGAGUCAGAUUGAUUCUAGAUUGCAAGGACUUGAUCCUAGAAUGAGGUUGAUACUGCAGCAGCAGCAGCAGAGGUUGAUCCAUUCAAACGUUCAACAAGGAAUUCAGCAACAGUUUGUUCGUUUUGCUCCUGGGGCACGUCCUGCCUCUGUCGAGCAGUAUGAGCAACUUCUGCAUAGGCAAGCACAGUCUCAAAUUCGUGGGUCUGAUCAAAGUAUCGUACCCCGCUUGCCUCUGAAUCAAGCAAGCGUAAUACAAAGACCUCAGGCCAGUCAACCUGCGCAGGUUCCGCCUAACUCGGGCAUAACCGACAACAAUACAAAUGAAGAAGGCAUCCCGGAUAAUGUUACUGCGGAGCUGGAGAAGUUGGAACAAGAGACAGGGACGAUGGUCGAACUUCAAGGCGUUAGUGACAUCCUUGGGGGAUUAGGAGAUGACGAUGAUGAGCUUUUAGCUGAAAUGGGAGCUGACUUCAACAUUCUCGAAUAUGCCGAUCCUGAAUUGGAGGCCCUAACGGGCGGAAAGACUAAUAUUCUUGAUAUAGAUCUGGAGGAGGAAUCCCUUAAGAAGGAAAAUAAAGCGGGGGCUCCUAAAACGGCCGUGCCAGAACAACCUCCAGCAACUGGCGCUCCAGAGAUGUCACUUAUGAAAAAAGAAGGGCUCACACAAGUAGCUCCGCAAAUACAAGCUCAGGAGCCUUUGGCGGCUCCUUCUGCUCCACCACCACCCCUUUCUGUGCCUCAGUCGCAGAAUGUUCAUCACGUUUCAACCCCCAAUACUCCGCAGGCGGCUCCUUCACCGCACCCUGUCGCUCAUCCCCAUCCACUGUUGACUCCUCAGCAAAUUCAUCAACAAAUGAUGCACCAGGUAAGUGUUACGAGGAAUACUUUCUCUUUUCUUUCCUCAUUGCUACCUGGUUCCCGAAUAAAAACACCUGACGAUGUCAUAGGUAUUAUAAUGCCGGACAAAACCAUUCAGCUUCAAGUACCUCCUAGUUAUCAGCAAAGACUUCUACUAUUUCAGAUUCAAAAUCAAAAAAUGGGUAUGCGCUUAGGACAAGCUCCGCCCCGCAUGCCAGUCCCAGCAGGCUCAAACCAGCAGAUGCCUACUGGAAUGGGAGCUGGGCCAAGAGGGCCUGUUAUAGCUCCCCCACCACCUCCUUAUCCGGGACCCCCUCCCCCAUAUCCGGGCAAUGCUGGACAACAGCAUCAGCAACAGACGGGAUUGAGAAUGGGGCCUGGUCUUCUCCCAUCGGGACACUUCCAUCCCAGUACACUGCAGGGUUUUCCCAUGCAUCCACAUUUGCAGCGGAGACCUCUUCUCCUUGAGGAGCAGCCUCUUUUAUUGGAAGAUUUGCUUGAACAGGAAAAGCGAGAACAGGAAAAGUUGCAAAACCAGCCGCCCAAUCAAGAAGUAUCCUCCUCCACAGGAGCAGACAAUGAAUCAGCUAUGCUGAGUGAACAUGAAUUAGACCGGUUGAGUGACGUUUUCAACGGUGGACAUGUUGGCCCUCCCAACCAAAAUUCUCAAGCGAACCCAGGUCAACCCCCUCACCAACAAUGGCAACAAACCCAAAAUCGUCCUGUGCCUACCCCAACACCUCAACCUACGAUGGAGAUAACCACGAAGGUUCAGAUGUUCAAUGCCAACUUAAUCCCUGCUCCGCCAUUACCUCCAGAGAAUAUAAUCACCGAACAGGACAAACAAACGCAGCUGCUGUACGAACAGUGGUUGAAUCACCAGAGUAACGUUUUGGUAGCACAACUUCGCUAUUAUGAAACUGAAGUGCAAAAACUAAGAAAGAGUAGAAAGUCUCUGAAUAGUAAACAAAGGCAGCUGAGAAAAUCAGGAAACCAACUGAACGAAACAGAUGCCACGGAACUCCAGAGAAUCUCGGCAGAGCAGGCCAUAUUACAGAAACAUCUGGAAUCUAGCAGAAAACAAAAUCGACAGCAUUCUAUGCUCGUGCAGGAAUACCGAAAUAAACAUCCGGCCAAGCAGCGGCCUCUCCAGGAUCAAAUGCAGUCACCUUUGGGUCCCCCCGCCUCUUCUCCGAUUCACCAUCCAAGUACGUCGCAGUCUCCGAUGAUGUCACCUUCGGCGUCCCCUCUGACGCAGCACAACUCGCCUAUGAACAGCCCGGGACCGAUAAUUUCCCCUGGCUCCGUUCAAAAUUUAUUACAGAGUCCGAACAGCCUUCCCAGCAAUAUGUCGCCUUGUCAACCAACUCAGAUGCAACAGUCUCCCAUGCAGCCUUCGCCAAUGCAACCCUCACCUAUGCAGCCUUCGCCUAGGAUUGGAACGCCUCAUUCUCAAAGUGAAGGAAGUCCAGGUCCAUCUCAAUCGCCCUCUCAAGUAUGUCUUCCGCCACCUGUUCCUCGAAUGACUUCGCCCCAACAUCGAAGAGUAGUUACGAGCCCCGUCGCCAAUACUCAAAUGCGAUUUGUAACAAACGCUGUUAUUCAACAACGAAUUCGAAUGCAAUCACCAAUGCCGAAUUUCCAACAGAAACCAGGCACACUGUCACCCUUGCAUAGUCCAUCACCUCAGCAAUUAAGUAUCACACAUCAACUACAUCUGCAAAAGCAGUUUCAACAACAAGCUCUACUGCAACAACAGCAACAACAACAGCAGCAGCAGCAACAACAGAAUGCAGAAGCCACCCAAGCUGACCCUAAUGUGAUGCAUUCGCAGCGUACAGCUCAGAUUUUGCAACACAGAAAUCUGAUAAGACAGCAGAGUGUACAGCAACCAGUAGGUCCUCAACCUUUAACCCCUCAACAACAUCAGUUGAUGAUUCAACAACAGAAACAGUUGAAGCAACAGCAGCAGCAACAAAUCGCACAGAUCCAGGCAGCUGGUAGAUUGCACCUGCAGCAGCAGCAGCAACAACAACAAAAUCCUCCACAUUCGCCAAUGCCUCCUAAGAGCCCGAUGGUCAACCAACAAAUCAUGUCUCCUCAUUCUAUGCCUCCAUCGCCAAUGCAAAUGCCUCCGAAAAGUCCCAUGGUUUCUGGUUUUGGGAAUUCUCAACCGAAUCCCAACUCCCCAGCUGCAAGAAGUCCAGCUUUCCAUCAAGGGAUGGGUCAACCUCCAACGAGUCCAAUGACACAUGGGCAAUAUCAACCACCAAGCUCUCCUAUGCCCAGGAGUCCCAUGGUUAAUCCGAUCCAAUCUCCCCACAGUAUGCGAAGGCCUCCUAGUGCCAGCUCUAGUCCAGCUAUGCCUGACAGACCUCGUAGCGAAGAAAAUCCAACUACGCCUAGACCUUCAUAUUCUAUUGAACACUUAAUGCAAGAGACAUUGAGUCAAAAUAGUCAUUCCAUGCAGUAUGGGAAUGACAGUGGGAUGAAUAACCUCGGACUUUUUAAUAAUGAUAUUAAUAAUCAAAAUAACCAAAGAGAUAACAUGCAAGGAGGCGGUGGAGGUGGUAAUCCCAAUAAUCCAUGCAAUCCAAUACCUCUUCCGACAGGUUUCGGUAGGUUUGGAUACAUCAAACUCGGUUUGAGAGGCGGAUCCCCUAUGUGGAACUAUGGAAGGGGCGCUAAGAGAAUUCCUACUCCUCCUAAUGUGAAUAAAAUCGAUGAUAAAGUUAAUUCGGAAUCGAAUGCAGUUCAGAAGAUUAGAAAAGAAUCUCACCUGAGUAAGGUGUCUAUUCUCAAGAGAAAGGUUGCUUCAAAAAUGAAUUUCCAGUCAACGGCUGCUGGAAAAGCUAGUUCUCUCGUAAGUACAGACUACAACGACUUGGACGACAGUUCGUCCACUCCUCCUGUAACUCCUCCUCCUUUAACAUCCGUUGGUAGAGGCGCCAUACAAAAAACGCUGCCCAAGAAGAUAUUAGAGAGGCAAAGAUCCAAAGAAUCAGUUAUAGAACUACAUAGUCCAGACAACAAGCAGCUAGAUAUGAUGGAUUAUGACGAUGACACAAACACUGUUCUUUCGGCAGAAGUUUCAUUGAGUUCCGUGGCCCAAAAUGACGGGGAUGAAAUGGUGGAAAUUGAGACUUUGUCUCAGCAAGAUUUAACGGAAGGUUUAUCCAGUCCUCUGGAAUCCGACCAGAUAGCAGACGAGUAUCUGUUGUUUCCAGGAAAUAUGGUCGUUGAUAUGCCUGGAAACCAUUAUUCUGACAAAGAAGAAGAAGAUGAAGAAGUAGAAGGAGAAUACACGGGGGAGAACAUGCAUAUAGUCAUUAGGAGUCCUACAACCAGCGACGAUGAGUUCAUAAUGCAAGGAAAAACCAAAAAGUAUAACCUAGUUCCCCAUACUGGCGAACUAUUGAACAUGCACGGCGCGCCGGAAUCGCCGGAUCAAGAAGAGAUGACUGCAGAACCAUCUCCUGAAGCAAUCGAUGAAGAAGGCUUGAAUAAUUAUGACGGUUCUGAGUUGCUGAUUAUUGAUCAAAAUAACAAGUCUCCCGAAGAUUCGAUUUCGACAAAAGAAGAUUUCGAGGAACUUAUUGACGAAGGAUCCAGAAAAAAUAACUUGUCUAAAAGAGAAAUUACCACUAAACACUUGAACGACUUUCACAAGUAUGCUAAUAUUUUCAAUUAUACCAAAAACGUUCAAACCAUACAAACUCCACCGCAAAAUACUGGUAGAGUUACCAAUGUACCACAGAAAAUGACUCCAAAAAUUUCUCUCAUCGGCAAUUCUGUAGUACAUAGCGCCAAGACGGUUGCAGACAAACUCAUCCUAACACCUUCAGCAACAACGGUUAUAAACACAACGCAAGCAUCAAAAGUUACAAGCAUCAUUUUAACUCACAACUCUGCUGUUAGGGGAAACGUUAUCAAUGUCACAAAGGUUGUGAGCACCGUAUCACCAGCUAUAACUAUAGUUACUGCUAGCACUUCACAAAUAGCCUCAAUUUUGCCUUCAAAAUUCACGGUGCCCGUCAUAAGUGCUAGCGCUGUGCGACACCUAUCGAACGUUAAAGUAAUAGAUAAGCCAUCGUCCUCUCUAUCGCUCACUUCCCACGACAGUGCCUUGCCCAACAAGAUAUUUGAAGAUGACUCCGUUUCUCCAGAUAGUUCCAAUUUCGAAGACGACAAGUCCAAAGACUCUUUCGAAGAGAAGUCCAAGUCUGAAUCGCCCACUCAAGACGCGAAACCUCCAGUAUUCUCGAAGAAUGUUGAAGUCACUAUCAAUAACUGCGUUCCGCCAAAAGCUGUGAUCGACUAUAAACCCAAGGAACAGGAACAGACAAAAAAGAUCGAACAUCUCCAAGUAACCAAUCUAGUAUCUAAAGAACAUGUUCAGAAACAUAGGGUUCCUAGCCCUAUAAUAUCGAAAACUUCUUCGCCUAUGAUUAUUCACAAUACUCCCGAACUCAAAAUGACGGCACAGGUCAUUCAGGAGACGCAAACGCACAUGCAGAUGAGUUCAACUACCAACACGGUUGAUGCAUAUGGUGGCUCCAUAGAUGACACUAAAUCCGUAGUUAUAUCAAUUCCUUCUCCAACUCCUUCUCAGGAGCAAAUGCUAGAUAAUAUCGCCUUGCAAGCUUUAGAAAAUAGACGAAGAGAAUUCGAAUCGUUCGAAGAUGUCCUAGAUAUGAUAGAAAAUAUCACGGCUGAACCUCCCGCUACCUUGGAGGAAAAUAAUACUCUCAAGGAAAGAGAGCACAAGAAAAAAAAUGAGGCCAAGGAGAAAGAUCUGCGUAAAGAGCCACCUAACAAAAUCGAACACAUCAACGUCACGGCAUCGAAAUCAUCCGCCAUACCACAACUUUCACCCUUGUCGCAACCCACGGAUUUAACCACGAACAUGGCGAACGCUUCACAGCAACUCAGGACUCUACUGUCGUCGCUACAGACAACUUCCACUUCGGCGCCUACUAAUGUCGAGUCUGUCGUUAAAAGUAUCGGGCAUAAGGUUAGCAGUACCGCUGCGGUAGCUCAACCUAUAGUCGCCUCGAGAGUUAUUCAACAGACUGGGAGACAAUCGCCUGUCGUGACGACAAUGAGUACGGUCAUUGUACCGAAUUUGAAGCAAAAAAUGAUCGUAACCUCGACAAGUAACUCAAGAAGCAGCCCUAUCAAAUCCCAGUUUAUUAGUGUCCAACAAACCAGUUCUGCCAACAGUACUGCGCCGAGUUUGAGUUUUCUCCAAAGCAGGACUGUGGGCGGUAUCCACUUGAUGCCUGAUCACCCGAAACUACCGCCAGUUACGACCGUUACAGCUACGCAACAAAUUGUCACUACGGUCACUGCACUUUCCAGUAGUAACGUUUACAAAACAACAACCACCAAUUCCGAAUCUAAAAAACCUUCGUUAACUUUGACGGCCAUGUUGCAAAACCAGCCGGCCGCUUCUAUGACAACCAAGUCUUCUGCCGACACUAUAACAGCGGCAAGUCUUCUGGGAUCUCCGAUAAGUUUACCCAGAACGGGUUUCAGUACUGGUUUUGUGCAAGCUCAACCUAACGUCAAACCUUCCGUCAGUGCUAGUCCUUUAACACCCGUCGUGCAAAAUCAGUCAGUCACAGCGACAACGAUAGUGACGACCAUGUCUAAGACCUUCGCCGAAUCUCUCACGACAGCCUCUCUUCUUGCCACACCGAUGAACUUGGUAAGAUCGGGUUUCACUACUGCUAUAGUACAAAACCAGCCGAAUUUCGUGUCUACUGUUAGCUCCAGUGCUGCAACAUCUUCGGUCAGUAAUUUGGCAAUAAGUUCAGUUAUUACGGCUCCCAGUUAUAGACCAGUGUUGUCCACCACGAAUUUGCUGCAUACACAACUCACAAAAAUGGUCAGAACCAGGUCCUUGGAGGAAUCCAAAGAGAUCAAAGCAGCCGAGGAUAUCAAGCAAGAACCAAGCGAAAAUAUGACGAAUUUCGAGGAAAAUAAAGCUGCGAUAAUCGCGAGUAUAAAGCAAGAUCUGGGUGGCUGCAAGUUUUCCAGCAUGUCGACUCCUCUAAGUAAAACCGAAGACUCUCAGAACGUCUUGUUGAAAAAGCUGCUGCAGAAUACGGCUUGCGCUAGUACGCAAUCGCCUCCGCCUAGCUCUGUGAGUACUACGAAUACCUCUGCUCCAACUAUUCCAAGAAUCCCUAUUAGAGAAACGUCAUUCGUGUCUAGUCCUACCGUCGAACAGUCUGCACCUCAGACAACCCCAGUAACUUCUUCGGCAACUCAGCAGCUGCACAUAGACGUGAAGAAGAGUUUGCCUCCCAGUAGGACGUCAAGCAGGGACGAGUUGCUCUCGCCCCAAACCCCUAGAUCUUCGUGUAGUCAAGAUUCUAGUUUACAAACGCCACCUAUUGUGGUGAAAAAGGAAUUACCUUCGGUGCCCCAUCCGCAACAGAGUCCGAUACUUACUCCGCACGAGGUCAAGAAGGAGUUUUUGGACGAAUCGUCACAACAUUCCGAAAUGUCGAACCACAGCAGAUCUGACAUUCAAAUGAAAGAGGAGAUGGACUCGAUGGACACUUCCAGCGAGAAGGUGGUGGUGGACAAAGAGGAAAUUAAAAAGCAGAAGAGGAGGAUGUAUCAACAGAAGAGGAGGCAGAAUCAAAUUCUCAACAAAGAACUCGCUUCCCAACCGAAAAAGAGGCCCAGGAAGAAUUCCAAGGUCGAUGAAGAUUACGACAGUUACAUAGAUGGCGUGCUAUCCCAGCUUAGGCAACUGCCCUCCAUGAAUGUAUCUGAGCCGAAUUUGAACCGAAACUACGGGGUGGUACCCGUGUUCGGAUCUGGAGACAUGUCUAAACUUGGUACCGCCGACUACUCGUCUCAGUUUGGAGAUCUAGUAGGGACCUACGGGAACGCUGAACUUCCCGGUUUCUCAGACUUCUACCACACAAAGCCUUACGGAGAGUUGGAUCCUCUACCUGAAAAAAUACCGGCAUCUACUCAAAGGGGUUUCUACGACCAAGAGUUUCCAUUGAUAAGGUUUGAUACGGACGACCAUAAGAAGUUCGACAUGUUUUCUAGAGAAGAUAGUCCUGAUUCAAUAUUGAGUAAUUCAUCCCCCGAAUUUUUCAAGGAUGAACCGCUGGAAAGGUAUUCGGGAUUGAAGCUCAUAAGUGAGGAUGAGGACGACGAGAAGGGUGAGGUAAAAGAGUCAAAGGGCAGGUGUUCUCCUAUUAUUCCUCUAAUAAAGCCGAUUCCAAUAAAGUUGAAACCUGCGGGCGGAUUGUAUCUGAAAGAGAGUAAAGAUGGCGACAAGGAAAAUAUAAACAGAGAGGUUUCUGCAAAUAACAUAACCGAACCCAAGCCAGUUCCCAAGGAUUCUGGAAAUGUAACAGUGACCCUUACAUUGACAUCAUCUGCUGCCGAAAACAUAAUGGGUGUUCUCAGAGAUUUGGCUAAUAUUUUGCAUAUCCCUGCACCUACCAGUUACCAAAUUGUAGAGAGAACAACCACACCUCCUAAUCAGAAAUUAGGACUUUACAGAACUAAAGGUAGAGAUGGUAAAGAAGGAGCUCCGAUCGACAUCCAAAGUAUUCUUAAUGGAGCCGCUAAAUUUUGUAAGCUUUGCGACAUUGUAAUUUUGAACAACAUAAUAAGGAAAAAAGUGUCUGAUUUGCCAUGUCUUGCCAAGGAAUUCGAGCUGAUGAGUGAUACGGACGAAAUAUAUUUCUGUAGUGUGGCAUGCUAUACUCAAGCUUUAACUAACAGAUCAUUAACUUCAAGGACUCCUGGAGUUAUUGAAGACAAAAUGGAAGACAAGCAUAAGAUGCCGCUUAUGGAAGCAUUUGAUAGCAAAUCAAUAAUAGCUCAGAGAUUAUCAUUAGGAAAUAGAGAUUUCAAAAGAGAAUAUCCAUCGAUGGACGUCAAAGACUUUUCUCCUUACUUUCAUCGACUUGAAAAUAACCGGAGCGGUUAUCAUGAUCAUUCAGAAUUCAAGCCUAUGCCUAUACGCAUGUAUAAAAAUCUAAGAUAUAAAUAUUGGACUCCUGGUUGCCUUCAGCCAAAUCAAAAGCAUAAAAAACCAACUGAUAAGGAGAUUAUGGAACUACUUUAUCGAAUGCAGAUUACCGUUACGCCACUAACCAUGCCUGUUGAUACAAGGAAGUGCAUGUUCUGUCAGGGUGUUGGUGAUGGAGUCGCAGACGGUCCGGCUAGGCUUCUCAAUUUCGAUGUAAACAAAUGGGUACACUUGAACUGCGGUCUCUGGUCAGACGGAGUAUAUGAAACUGUAAACGGAGCUUUAAUGAACCUAGAAAACGCCAUUCAAACCAGCCUGACAACUACGUGCAUACACUGCAACAACCUAGGCGCGACCAUAAGAUGUUUCAAGACGAGAUGUUCCAGCGUUUAUCAUUUGAGUUGUGCUGUAAAAGAUAGGUGCGUCUUCUACAAAAAUAAAACCGUAUACUGCACUGCGCACGUACCCAAAAACGAGAAAGAUAACGAAUUGACGACUCUCAGCGUAUCACGUAGAGUAUACGUUAACAGAGACGAGAACAGACAAGUCGCUUCGGUAAUGCACAAUUCUGACACUAAUAACUUACUGAGAGUGGGUAGUCUGAUAUUCCUGAACGUGGGACAGUUGCUACCCCACCAACUGGCGAAUUUCCACACGCCGAAUUACAUAUACCCCAUAGGUUAUAAGAUCAUCAGAUUCUACUGGAGCAUGAGGAGGAUAAACAAGCGAUGCCGAUACGUAUGUUCCAUCCACGACUUCAGCGGUAGGCCGGAGUUCAGAGUGUUGGUGCAGGAGCACCUGGAAGAAGACGUGGAGUUCAGGGAUCACAGUCCUAAAGGGGCUUGGAACAGGAUAUUGGAACAGACGGCUAAUAUGAGGAAAGAACAGAAAUGCUUGCAGAUGUUUCCAAAAUUCGCGACCGGUGAGGAUCUUUUUGGUCUCACCGAGCCCGCCAUCGUUAGAGUCUUGGAGAGCCUGCCCGGAAUUGAAACAUUAACUGAUUACAAGUUCAAGUAUGGCCGUAAUCCUUUGUUGGAGCUGCCGCUGGCGAUAAACCCAUCUGGAUCUGCGAGGACCGAACCUAGAUUGAGGAGUCAGAUGCACUGGAAGAGGCCGCACACGCAGCGUACAACAGGAGCUACCAUAAGGCCCUUGUUCGGACCUUCCGCGAGUCCCGUCGCCUCUUCUUCAAGUCUGGGCGACAUUUCGUGUCCUUACAGCAAGCAGUUUGUACAUUCCAAGAGCUCGCAAUACAAAAAAAUGAAACAGGAAUGGAGGAAUAAUGUCUAUUUAGCAAGAUCGAAAAUUCAGGGGUUGGGGCUUUAUGCAGCCAAAGACUUGGAGAAACACACAAUGGUAAUUGAGUAUAUUGGAGAAAUAAUAAGGACCGAACUUGCUGAAUGCAGAGAAAAGCAGUAUGAAGCUAAGAAUCGUGGAAUAUACAUGUUCAGACUGGACGAAGAGAGAGUGGUUGAUGCAACUUUGAGUGGAGGUCUAGCAAGGUACAUAAACCACUCGUGCAAUCCUAACUGUGUGGCAGAACAAGUGGAAGUUGAAAGAGACGUGAGGAUAAUCAUUUUUGCCAAACGUAGAAUACAGAGAGGAGAAGAGUUAUGUUAUGACUACAAGUUUGAUAUUGAAGAUGAUCAACACAAAAUAUCAUGCAUGUGUGGUGCACCGAAUUGUCGAAAGUGGAUGAACUAGUUGAUCCGUGAUCUAAUAUAUUUUCGUUCGAUGUUUGUACAGAAGUUGUUGGAUUUGUCGUCUCAUGUACAUACAUAUUUUUUAUUCUUCAUAUAAAGCAGACUGUCACAGUGCCAUUUUUGAGAAUUCAGUCUUAAUAUACACAUUCCAUACCUUUGCAAUAAAGAGUGAUUGUUAUAUCUAACAGGCAUUUAUAUAAGGAAGUAACUAAGCUAAAUUGUACUGACUUUUACGAGAACACCCUCUAUAUUUUGAUAUGUAGGAGAGCGAAAGUGCUUGAGUUAGGGACCAAAUAGGGGCUAAACAUUUGGAGUUUUACUAUAUUGAUGUUGUUUACUUGCGAUUUUCACUUGAGGUGUGAAUCUAACCAAAACUGAAAGAGGUCAAAAAACCCUGGUGAAGCAAAUUUCUUGAUAGCUUUGUACAAAUGCUUUGUUUCCACUUGUAAAUAUUUGUAACUUAAUUGAUAUUCUGAAAAUAUUUAUUUCGCAGAAUUUAUAUUGUCUGUAACACAUUUGAGUAACACAGUUUGAAUUUUUUUCUUAGAAUUCCUUCGCCAGAGAGUUUACGAAUCUUGAUGCAUCCUAUUCUUGUACACCCUCUUAUAAAUUGAGUCCCAAUAUUUAUUUCUUUACGGUGAAUUUGUUUUAUAUUGUUUUCAAUUGUGUGUACAUAGUCAUUUUAUAAUCACUGUUGUUAGAAAUAUAGUGUUGGGUCAAGAAAGCUUGAUAAUGUUUUGAAUUGUAAAGUCUUUCGAGGCCGAUCUGUAGACCCAGAGUCUUUUAUCGCCUGGAUACUUUUUUACAAAAACUUAGGAAAAUUGCUGUGCAAUAUGAGUUUUGAAGUAUUACAAAUGUAUACUUUAGAAUAUUUUUUCUGUAAUUUUUUAUAGUUAAUUUUUGAUUGGGCAGAGUCCUGAAAGUUGUUAAUUUUUACUAUUUUAGGCGUUUAUUUUUUUAUGUGAUGUGAAUAUAUAUUUUUUUUCUAUUAUUCUAUUAUCGAAGUCGAUUAUAUAUUGCUAUUUUAUUUGUAUACUUUACUACUUUUUAUUCAAUUAUAACGGAAAAGUGACAAUCACUUAUAGUUAAAUGAAUUGUAUUAAGCACUACCUGAUCAAUGUUUAAUUGUUUAUGUACAAAUUAUAUUUGUAUGUGUAAAAUAAUGUAAAUAAAAAUAAUUCAUUUAAAAAG